AUGGGCUGUGGGCCUAAGAACCAUGACUGGAGCAGCUCACAGCUCACCCGAGCUAGCGAGGAUUUUGGUCUUGUUAAAUUUGAAAAUAUGGCAGAGUCCCGUCGAGUGAGCAACAACCAGGAGGCUAGCUUUUUUCCUCAUCAGCGUCACUGUAUGCCCAGCCAAUCGCGUCCGGAGCAAUCACCCGAUUUCUCCGACGUAUUUGCUUUGUCCAAAACUGCACCAGAUCCGGUAAAACACUACAGCCGUUUCCCGUCAUGGCACAAAGUCUUUCGGCCUAAUGACCCGGCGCCUGAUGGUUGGUUCCGGCCCGUGGACAACCCCAACUGA